AUGAUUAACGAGUUCAAGCCACAAACACCAGAUGACAUAGACAAACAUAUAAUGGCUGAGAUUCCUGAUGAAAAUAAAAGGCCAAAUCUACAUGGAGCUGUUCAAAAUUACAUGGUACAUGGUCCAUGUGGUCCGUACAACAAGAAUUCAACUUGCAUGAAGAAUGGAUCAUGUUCAAAGUUUUAUCCCAAAGAGUUUAGGCAGCAAACACUCAUUGAUGAAGUCGGAUUUUUCAAAUAUAGGCGUACUGAUAAUGGUCGAACAUUGAAGAAAAGAGAAUGUGUACUAGACAAUAAGUUUAUUAUUCUAUAUAAUCCAAAAUUUUUGCUCAAGUUCUGGUGCCACAUAAAUGUGAGAUACACAUGCCAAACAAAUUCUAUUAAGUAUCUUAAGUAUGUACACAAGGGCAAUGAUUGCAUAACAGCUACCCUAUACAAUGCUGGUGAUUCGUCAGAAGCCACACAAGUUGUUGACAAAAUUAGAAAUUACUACGAUUGUAGGUACACUUCGGCAUGUGAGGUAGUCUGUCGUUUAUUUGGAUACGAAAUCCAAGAGAAAGAACCAUUUGUGAUUAGACUUCCAUUCUAUUUGGAGGAUGAGAAACUUGUCGUUUAUAGUGAAACUUCUAAUGUAAAUGAUAUCAUCGAAAAAGCAGUAUCUCAUAAGUCCAUGUUUCUGGGAUGGGUGGCGGCGAACAUGUCAUAUCCUUAUGCUCGAAGUCUAACUUAUACUGAAUUUUCAAUGAAGUUUUUUUGGAAGGACGAUGCUUCAAAGUGGUUUCCUCAAAAGCAAGGUUUUGUAAUUGGAAGGUUGACUCAUGUACCUGCAGACCAGAACAUGUCCGAGAUAGAUAUUGGCAUGAACUCUCAGAUGAUAUUUUUUGUAUCGAUAAAGAACCGUGAUGAAUAUAAAGAGUUAACCAUGUCAGAUGAUGAGAUCAAGCAGUUGUGCUUAAUGGAUAUAGACAAGAUCUUACAUUCCUAUAGUAAAACCUUGAAAGACUAUCCUCCUAUGCCUUUAGCAACUGAAGUUGAUAGUUCUUUGUUAACCAAAAAAGUAAUCAAGGAAGAGAUAAACUUUAACAAGGAUGAGUUAAAGAAAAAUGUCUCAGACAUGUUAGCCAUCGCAAUACCUGAGUAA